AUGAAUGUAGAAGAACAUUCCGUCAACGUGUGUCUAUUCAUGUUGGAGUACGGACCAGGAAGAAGCUUAGCGAUUCCGAUUCCUUCACAAAGUGCAUCCAGGACGCUGCAAGGGAAACGUUCCCGGUUCUACUGCUGCGGAAGAAGUUUGCCUUUGCAUCUGCGGAAACAAAAUCCACGUACAACUCUUUAUCGCUCGCGCAGCGCUGGUGACUUCAACCACGAAAAGCGUCCUAGAAGGAAGCUGCGUCGACAACUGCAACAAGACCGCGAUGACGAGUGGACGUCAAGAGCGAUGGAGUUUGAGAAGGCGUGGGAAGACAGGAACCCGCGGAAAGCCUAUCCUCUACUAAAACAGUAUAGCGGCAAAAUGAAAAGAUGUUCCCAUGUCCUCAGCAUUGCUAAUGGGAUAGCUGUCGGUGAAGUAACCCUUCCAAUUUGGAAGGAACACUUCAAGACCUUGCUGAACCAGCUAGCACCGUCAGCUCCUGAACUCGAUCACGUUCAUAGACCGACAUAUGCGACCGACCGAGUCGGAGGUCCUGGUCUGUAUUCAGAAAAUGAAGAAUGGAAAAUCUGGUGGAGACGACGGGAUUAG